UCUUCCACAUUGAAGCAGAGUGACUCUGUUUUCUACAAUACACUAUCUCCUUUCUCCUUCCCCUUCAUGGCUCCUCUUUUGUAUCUUACUUUGUUUUUCAUGAUUUCUUCAAGAAUUGCUCAUGCUCAACCCUCCCCUGGCUACUACCCAAGUUCAGAAAUUAAUUCCAUAAGCUUUGAUCAAGGCUUCAGAAACCUCUGGGGUCCUCAGCAUCAGAGACUAGACCAGGGCUCCGUAGCACUCUGGCUUGAUUCUACUAUAGGAAGUGGAUUCAAGUCUUUGCAUCCCUAUCAAUCCGGCUACUUUGGUGCUGCCAUCAAGCUCCAACCUGGUUAUACUGCGGGGGUCAUUACAUCAUUCUAUCUUUCAAACAACGAAGACCACCCGGGGAACCAUGAUGAAAUCGAUAUUGAGUUUCUUGGAACUACGCCCGAUAAGCCGUACACUUUGCAGACGAAUGUAUAUGUCAGAGGAAGUGGGGAUGGAAAUAUUAUUGGAAGGGAGAUCAAGUUUCACCUCUGGUUUGAUCCAACACAAGAUUUUCACAACUAUGCUAUACUGUGGAAUCCCACUGAGAUAAUAUUCCUGGUGGAUGACGUGCCAAUAAGGAGGUAUCCAAGAAAAAGUGAUGCCACAUUUCCGUUAAGACCAAUGUAUGUGUACGGCUCAAUUUGGGAUGCAUCAUCUUGGGCUACUGAGGAUGGAAAAUACAAGGCUGAUUAUCACUACCAACCCUUCGUCGGUAGGUACACGAAUUUCAAGCUAGGCGGUUGCACUGCCGACGAGUCAGCCUCGUGCCACCCGCCCUCUGCUUCGCCGUCGGGCUCCACGGGACUGAGCCAACAGCAGUACUCAGCGAUGGAAUGGGUGCAGAGGAAUUACUUGUUCUACAACUACUGUCAGGAUCCAAAGAGAGACCACACCCUCAUACCCGAGUGCUAGCGUCACUAAAUUGUUUUAAAGUUUAAUUUGUUUUAAUUUGUGAACCCACAGUUAUUUUAGUUGUGAGCAGUUUGUUUUUGGGGUCUUGAGAUGGGCCCGCUUGCUAAGAAUAGGUGCAAGAGUUGUUGAGCGUCCAAGCACCCCGAGUCUUGCAGGGCUUUGUUUGUCGUUUAUAUAUGUUGUGGCAUUGGAUCCAUUCACAAAAACUUUUUCAGUUUUUAUUGUUGAAGUAUAAAUAUUAAAAAAAUAAAUAAAAGAUUCAGGUUUGUCGUUUA